AUGUCCCGCGAUUUUACGUCGAGAAAACCUAGAAUGUCUCGCGAGUAUACACCAAGAAAAUCUCGUCAUUGUAAUAAACCUAUAAGCUUUAGAGAAGAACAAUCACCACAUAACGAGGAACUUAAUUUUAAUACAAUUUGGCAUACAAUUUCACAACUGGAACAUUAUUUAAGAGAAGAUCAUAGGCAGAACUAUAAAUUACGCAUGGCUUUGGAUCGACAAACCGAAAGAGUUUUGGAUUUACAUGCUUGUUUACGAAAUGAAAAGCAAAGAAAUAAACGUUUAGUAGAUUUAAUUUUAACAGGGGACAAUUGGUCCUCAGUGGAGGUUCAGGAGGAAGAUGAAAAAGUAACAUCAAAAUUUGUAAAUGAAUCAUAUGAAACGAUAAGUCCUUUGUUAAUGCAUCAAAGAUAUGAAGAACUUUCCUGCUCUUAUAAUGUCUGCCGCAAACAGUUACUAAAACUGGAUAAGGAAUUAAAAGUUUACAAAUGUAAGAGUGAAAUUCAACAAUCAAAAUAUGAGAAUCUCUUGCAAGAAUACAAACAAGCUCAAAAACGUUUAGAGAGAAUAUACAGCCACUGCUUGCGUUUAGAAAAAUCUAAAAAUUACAAGAUACAUUAUCUGCAAGAAGCCUUAACUUAUGCUACAAAUAGUUUACUAACAGCCCAACUAAUUUUAGACAUAUUUCUUACUACACCGGACCAGAAUCUUUCGUUAUUUAGACAAGAUUUUCAGCAAAAUUUACAAUUAUUUUUAAAUUGUCUACAAUUAAGUGAAUGGAACUAUUGUAAUUGCCAGUUAAACACUAGCAGAAGUAAUUAAUAAAUUAAAGAAAACUAAA